ACCCCCAAAGUCAACGUCAAGCGCUGCAUGUCUCUCGAAUUCUAGUUCAAUGGUGACUUUUGAACGCCCAGUUUAGGCGUACAAGGCCAGCAAGCAGCCAUUGUGCCUGUAUCCGUAUGGAGUACAAGUAUUGAUCGCGGUAUUCCGUCCCGCAUCAGAACAAGACCUUUUCUUACGUCUCUUCCCGUCGUCCCGAAGCACUCCCAUCCUCUGCCAAACUCUUGGGCAGCCCAUCCAAACAAUGCAUCUGCCGCUGCUACACUGGCGGCUCCUCGCAGCACUCCCGUUAGUCACGGCGGUGGCGGGCCAGACGUGUUACUGGCCCAACGGCGUCGAGGCGACGCAGGCGGCAGCCUGUCCCGUGGCGGGCGGCACCGAGGUCGCGGCGUGCUGCCCCCAGAACCACUACUGCAUGAGCAACGGCCUCUGCUUCUCGCAAACGGAGCUGAGCUUCUACCGUGGCGCGUGUACGGAUCAAAACUGGACGCAGAGUGGGUGUCCAAAGUAUUGCGACAAGGAGGAGAUGAUUGGUGGAGUUCCUGGCCGUCAGUGUGGUGUCGCGCUAUGCGGUGACAAAAAGGUUGCAUGCCAGACCUCUGGCAACUGCGCCAACUUCACUUUUGGCGUCCCCGCGGGCAAGAUGCUGCUCAACGAGUACCUCAAAUCGGACAUCGGCGGCCUCGCGGAGACGGCGGCGGUCGCGACAGCGACAGUAGGACACGGUACCGGGACCGCGAGCGCCGCCGCAACGUGUUCCGCGACGGCGGCAGAGCCUAGUAUCAGCAGCGGGAUCUCUACGGGAGCAGCGGCGGGGAUCGGGGUGGGCAUCGGCGCCCCGCUGGCGCUGGCGAUCGUGGCGCUGACCGUCAUGUUAUUGCGCGAGAAGAGGAAGACGAGGGCGGCGCUUUCGAGCCAGGUGGAUUCUUCCGGGACGGGCCCGUCGUCGCCGUGGGCCAAGUCGGAGCGGACGGCGUAUGUGCCGGUUGAGAUUCACGGACAGCCGGUACCGAAUGAGCUGUCUAGUAAUCACGAUAGGAGACACGAGCUUUCUUGAUGAUGGCGGGAGAGACUGUCGGUGAUGUGAAUGAGGAGAGAUGGGUUCCGCGGACUCUGUAAGUGAAAGUUUAUCUAGCUAGAUCUAUGAAAUCGAUGAAUCUGUAAGUCUCUUCAAGAUCUUGAGGUUAAAUCCUGCUGGCAUUGCAGACAGGCUACCUAUCAUACUCCCAGCUCAACAACGCUCAGGGCUCAGGGUUUGUUCCAUCACGCCAUCAAGCCUCGCAGAAUCUUGACAUCUGAGAAAGUCCGCCGGAUGGAAACUCUCUCAACGUGACCUUGUUCAGACUCAUGACGACGAGUAUUGUACGUUGCCAACUCCCUCCGGUCGAUGUCAACCAGGCUUCGAGACCGCUGCAUUUGCCAACCAGCUCAGAAGUAGGCUAGACACAAGUUAUUUCGAUUGACGCGCCAAC